UAAGCCCUCCUGCAGCCUCCCUUGCACCUCAUCGCCAUCAUCUCUCCCACUUCUUUCACUAAACCUGCAGUCAUUAGACCCAUACAGUUGCACACAGCCAGGACUUGUCACUGGCAUUUGGAGUAAGUUAGGCACUAGCUAGUCGAGGUACUAACUGGAGAGUCCUGCCUGCGACAUCUACUGCAACUGAUACCGGACAAUCCUGCUCGUUGCAAUUGCCUCCCAGUCCCCACCCCACCCUCUCUACCAGGAGUUUGCUGUCGCUUUGUUGAGCACUAGUAUCAGAUACCAACACUCUCCAAUUCGUGUUUCUGUCGUCAGAUCGUAGCUGCGUUGUCGAUCCGGUGAGGUUAUUGAAGAAAGAGAGCUGUGUAGGUUGUAUUGUUGGAUAUCAGGUAAGAGGCAUGGCAAAGGUAGUGCUGUCUGUGUUGCUCUUUGUGGUGGUGCUGGCUAUGGCUUCGGCAGCUUAUGCCGACAACCAGCCCGCCGGUAGAGAGUACCAAGUGAAGUGGGACUUCCCCACGGGGGAUAAGUACUACAGUGCCGUGCAGGGGAAGACGUACUACGUCGGUGACUCUCUGAAGUUUACGUAUAUGCAGGAGAUGCACAAUGUGGUGAAGGUGGGGAGCUUCGAGGACUUCAACCAGUGCACCAUGACCAAGCCCCUUAGUCCUGAGUUCGCUGACGGUGCCACUUCCAUGCCGCUUGACAAGCCUGGGGUCCACUAUUUCAUCUGCUCUAUUCCUGGUCACUGCUCCGACGGCAUGAAGAUCAAGGUCCUCGCCAUUAACCGUCCCCGCAAGCUUAUGUAACCGGGGACAUUGUUGAAAUGGGUCGUUCCAUUACCACAGCGAUGAGUGGCUGGAAGGGCCACAAGUCAUGAUAUGCUGUUAAAGCGUGGUCGAGUAUAAAUACGAAUGGAAGACAAGCCUCUGGCCUUGUAGUUAGAAGGUUGGUUUGUACCGUUUACUGCAAUGAACGCAGUUACAGAGUACUAUUAGAAGUAAGAAAAUACAUGUUGAUAGUCUUGGAAUGGGAAUUAGUAUGAUGCGCUGUGUUCCUAGUAGAAAUGGCAAGUUAAUGGCCGUGUCUUGGGGAGGAAUUAGUCGUCGUCAUCCAGGAUCCAUAACGUGAAUUAACUGUACCGCGGUGAGAGGAUCUUCGUGAUGAAGUAAUUACAUCCUUUAAUUCCUUCUCCAUUUUUAUCUA